AUGCUGUGUAACAAUUGUGGUUGCUAAAGAAAACGGUUGCCGCACCAUUCGAAAUUCUUAUGUGCAGUUUUGAGUGUGUUCAUUUAUUGUUAUUAUUUUUUUAAUCUUCGCUAGUUUUGAUUGUGCGUUGUAUUUGCAAUUUUUGUGCGAUUUGUUGUAAGUGUGAAACUACUUGUUGCCUAGUUACUCUAUCAGUGGGGGAUCGUAUCGCGUUGGAUGGAUAUUUUAUGAAUAUGUCUAUGUCAAAUAUCAGAUAAUCAUUAAUACGAAAUUUAUGGUAAUGCUGGCUAAUCAGAAACUUCAAAAUGUCUCUGGAAGUAGCUGAUAAUGACUUGAUAAAUUUACAUGACGGUUCCCCCAUUCUAACUGCCAGAUCAUUGCCUUUAGAAACACACUUAGAAAAUGAAGAUACUGGAAAUUUAAUAGAUUCAGAACUUCCGGUCUUAGAAAAAACAUUGAAAACUGCCCAGAAUAUACCCAUCAGCGACUCCAGGCGUACUAGUGUCGAUAUAGAAGAUAUAUUAAUAACAAUCGACGAUGAGGUACAAAGCACCAACGGUGACGUCGUGGAUGGAGAAAGUAACGCGAACGAAGGCGAAAGAUGUGACAAUUUGGAAGCUCUUAUCAUCUUGCAGAAUCUUGACGACAUUUUGAACGCCUGUCUGUCAGAUUGCAAUGAAAAUGAAACUGACGUCGAUGAUAUAACAAAUAAUUUAGAUGAUAGUACCCAAGAAACCAUAGAAGACUGUCUCAAAGAUCUGGACAACUAUCUAAAAGCACUGGACUCAAGCGGGUGUGAUGAAUUUUCAGAAAAUAACAUCGACGACCAACCUAGCACGAGUACGACCAGCUCAUUCACGGAGUCCGGCGAAAGUUUCGACACCACCUCAGAAGACACCAUCGACGAAGAAAGUUUAAGGAACAAAUUGCGCCAAAUGGAGGAGAACUACACGAGAUUUGUGGCCGCGGCUUCUGGGUGUGUAAAUAGGGGAUACGUCGACACUGAAGGUAUUGAAGAAGGUAACAAUGGAAUGGAACGUAGACCAUUGUCGGCGUGUGGUGUACCUAGUGGAGCGUUGAACAGGAACCACCCGCACAGGGCGACCGUGGCUGUUGUAAGGAGGGAGAGGCCGACACUUACUAGGACACCGUUCCGGAAGUCGAUAGAUAAUAGCAGUAGUUCCAGGAUGUCCGGUCCAGGUGGCUCGUCGGACGAGAACAUUGACUGGAGCUGGGUGCAGGACGUGGCACGUGACGUGCCGGACGAGAGACGCGCACACGCCUCUGGCGACUGUUGCACCGGAACGGUACUGGUCGAACCUCCGUGCAGAACGUUCACCGCACCCAGUACGUCGGCGGAGCCCGCAAUGCCUCCAGAAGACGAACCCAAAGAGGAAGAACGUCACAGAGGUUCGAACACGUGGUUGCGCAACUCCAUGAGGAGGCUGCGCCACUUCAGACUUCCCAGCGAUGCUGAACAGGAACCAUCCGCGCUGGAAGUACCGAGAGUGGAACCGUUUACAGCUCCCGUCGUGUCCUCGACACCGGUGGCUGCGAGGCCCGUGAGCGCUCCUUCUCGACUGCCACCAACAGUACCGGUGUCUCGAACUUCGACUCAAAGAUCGCGAUCUCGGUCGCGGCAGAGUGUGGUCUCGCAUGAGCCUAGUGGAAGAGCCCGUAGUAGUUCUGCCUCGUCGAGGUCCCGAAGACCGAGGAGUACGUCAUCGAGUGAAUCGAGUUUGGCGUCGAGUGUGGAUAGUACGCCGAGUUGUACUCCAACAGCGAGUCCCACACACAACGUACAGGACAACACGGGGACAACAACUCCUAGAAGAUCAUGUGACAGAGCAAGACAAACCGACAUGCCAGAAGCCGACAGUCCGCUGGGACAAUGGCCAAACAGUUUGAGUUCCAUGAUGGCGUGCCUGGGGUGCACCCUGGGACUAUUCAAUAUUUCCCGUUUCGCCAUCCUGACCGUACACUUCGGAGCAAACUUCAUAUUCCAGUUUGUGUUCCUAUCACUGAUAUUCGGUUUGCCACUCUUCACCCUGCAGCUCUGUCUGGGACAGCAGUUGGGCGCUGGUGUUGUGGACAUGUGGCGGAUAUCGCCCCUGUUUCAGGGCGUAGGAGUGUCACUGUUGAUUGCGCAGGCGCUAAUGGGAUUGUAUAGUAUUAUUGGGGUGUCGUGGAUGUUCGUUUAUUUUCGGGAUUCGUUCAUUACUAAAGUGGAUAAAUAUCGCUGGGCGGAACCCUUCAUUUCAUACAGAAAUGGAGUGAUUCCAUCAGCAAAUGGAACAUACAAACUUACAGAAACAAUUCCUGAUUAUUUUAACGGCAUCGUCCUUCAAAGGCUCCAUUUACCAACAGGAACUGCAUACGGAACCAUAAAGUUUCAACUGGCCUUCAAUCUGGCAGUUGUGUGGAUGAUCGUGUUCGUUUCCUUGAGCAAAGGACUGCGUUCUUACGGCAAAGUUAUAUAUGGCUUCAUAUUGCUUCCAGUUUUUGGCACUUUUGUAUUAUGUGCAAAAAUACUUGGCUUGAUGCCUCCAGAAUUUGUAAAUAUAAUUUUUCCCGAAACUUCAUGGGGAGAAUUUUUUCUCAAUUCCAGGUGUUGGCUGGCAGCUGCACAAGAAACAUUUCUCACCUGGGGACUGCUGGGCGCUGCAAUAAUGCAAAUAGCAUCACAUAAUAAGCAUAAGCACUUGCUUCAAAGAGAUUCUAGUCUAAUUACUGUUAUAACAUUUUCAAUUUUAUUAUUAGUUGCAUUUUUGGCGAAUACAUGUGUUCAAAUACUUAAAUCAUACGGCUAUAGUUAUCAACCUGACUCAUUUGAGAGUAUGUCUUCAUACACAUUCUUAAGACCAUUUAAGGAACCUUUACCACCGAAUUUAUCAAACACUCCAAUAAGAUAUAUGACUCACAAUUCCUUCAUUGUUGGAGAACGCAUUAUUCGCCCUGGAGUUGACCAUACCUUAGAGAGUGGAUAUCAGGUGUUACGUUUUGCCACUGAAUUGAUCCCAGCUACUUUCGCCGUGUUGGGGCCCGAUCAGGUCUCUCCAUUUUGGGCUGUCCUGUUUUACUUCAUUUUUAUAAUGUUUGGAAUUGCACAACAGUUAGCCAUUUGGCAUAGUGUUAUAACGGGUAUUAUGGCAAUAAAAGCAAAAGUUUUAAAGUCCUGGGAAACUACAAUUACUUUCUUUAGUUGUGCUUGUGGUUUUGUUUUGGGAUUACCAAUGGCAACUGAGUUUGGUAUAUAUGUGGUAUAUUUCUUGGACUACACGGUUGGUGGAAUAUGGUGGUUAAUUCUGAUCAUCUUACUGCAAAUUAUUGCUGUUUUCAUGGUCAGAGGUAGACCCUAUAGUGGAGACACCGUUGUCGCCGCUUUAUUUAACCCAACCACCCAUCCAUGCUUGUUGAGUUGGGCACCUCCAUUAUUAUCAUUCACAUGGAACGUCAUCUUGCCUGUUGCUUUAAUGGUGUUGUGCAUUUCAACAUUUAAAAAUGGUGGCUUCAGAGAAAUUUUUGUUUGGCAUCACGCACCUGUUGCCGAAUAUUGGCCUUUAUGGGCUAGACAAAUUGGAUCAAUGAUACAGUUGUUGCCUGUUUUAUGUGUUCCACUCGUCGCGGUUAUUCAAAGCUAUAGAUAUCUAAAUAAUGGCCCAAAUGACAUUUUAGAGAGAAUACAAAUGCUGUAUCGGCCUCCGAUUGGAGAACACAUGGAUGAUUUAGCUAUACAAGAAGCAGCUGCCGCUUCACUUAACAACAAUAACACAAACUCAACGGCAAACGUACAAUCAGAAGAUCCACCACCAAAAUACACACCACCGCCAUCUUACACAACAGCUACUGGUGCAAGAUUAGCAAAAUUUUUGAGACAGAGCAUUAGAAGAAGUGUAAGAAGAUUGGCCAACGUUUUAGGAGAGAAUAGUAAUACCAGACAAAGAGCGGCUAUAGCUAAUGCUACAGCGCAACCACCUCCUCCUGAUUAUAACGCCGUGUUGGUGGAGAUGAACAACACAACAACGACUGAUGUAUCGAUUGAUAUGACGGAUUCGGCACCAAAUGCAAGACUGUCAACAUUAGAACGAUUAAGAAAUUUGGGCACAUCGUCCUCAGCUUUAACCGCUGCUGAAGUUGCAUCGAUAUUAAGAAGUAGUUUCAGGAGAAGCACCGUGAGACCAACAAACCACAUUAGGAAUACGAAUUUUAAUGAAGCAGGAAACUUUAACGAAACUAACGGGUCAAUAAGUGCUGAAAAUUUAGUGGAUUCAGCUGCUCCAAUUGGCGAAACCUCUCUGGUUGUCAGUACCUUGCCAGUUGAGAACGAAAAUAAAUCUCAUAACGAUAAUCUCUCAUCUGUGAUAUAAUUUAGAAGUGCGUAAUGUAGCCAAUUUAUGUAUUUUAAAAUUUUAACUGUUUUCUUUACUAUGUAAAGAUGUUUUAUGCUUGUCGUGUAAUUAAAUAGUCAAUCACUACUCGUUUAAAAUACAUACGUUGUCUAAUAAAUAUUAAUUAGGACAAAAUACGAAAAGACCAAAAAUAUAUUAAUUGUAAUUUCUUUUGUAUUUAUUUAUUUUUUAUUAUACCUAAGCUUUGUAUCCAUCUAUGUUCAUUACUGUAUAAUGUAUAAAGAACUGAUAGAUUAAUACGUAACUGUAUAAAUAAAAACUAAAAUAAUUAAAUUUAAUUUUA